AAAAUGAACGCCUCCUCCUGCUGGGAUCCUGAGGUCACCAUGUACAAGCAGAGCGACAGAUUUGACCUCAAUGCCAGCUGUGACUGGACAUCAGGGGACGCAGCAUUGCGGCUGCCUACCUUUUCUACAGCGGCCAAAGUCAGAGUGAUCAUUACCUUCAUCCUGUGUGGCGUUUCCACUUUCUGCAAUUCAGCUGUGCUGUGGGCAGCCAAUGGCCACAAACGCAAAUCCCACGUCAGGGUGUUGAUAAUCAACCUGACUGCAGCCGAUCUCUUGGUUACCUUCAUCGUGAUGCCUGUGGACGCCGUGUGGAACAUCACCGUCCAGUGGUUGGCUGGCGACCUGGCCUGCAGGUUACUGAUGUUCCUCAAACUGCAGGCCAUGUACUCCUGUGCCUUUGUCACAGUGGUGAUUAGUCUGGACAGACAGUUCGCUAUCCUCAACCCUCUGUCCAUUGGCAUGGCCCGCAAAAGAAACAGGGUCAUGUUGACAGUGGCGUGGACUAUGAGCACCUUAUUCUCAAUCCCUCAGAUGUUCAUUUUCCACAAUGUGACCAUCACAUAUCCAGCCAACUUUACUCAGUGCACCACGAGGGGCAGCUUUGUCACUCACUGGCAAGAAACUGCCUACAACAUGUUCACCUUCUGCUGCCUCUUCCUGCUGCCACUGGUCAUAAUGAUCAUCUGCUACACAAGGAUCUUCAUCCAGAUCUCCAAGAGGAUGACAGGAAAGAGCUUGUCCUCCAAUGAACCACAUCUACGCUGUUCGAACAACAACAUUCCCAAAGCACGAAUGAGAACUCUGAAAAUGAGCAUCGUCAUCGUAAUCUGCUUCAUCGUCUGCUGGACACCCUACUACCUACUGGGUCUGUGGUACUGGUUCUUCCCAGAUGACCUGAAGGGGAAAGUCUCUGACUCCCUCACCCACAUUCUGUUCAUCUUUGGCCUUUUCAACGCCUGCCUGGACCCCAUCAUAUACGGUCUGUUCACCAUACGCUUCCGCAAGGGGCUGAGGCGCAGCCACCACAAUGCUGCAGCGAUGUCACACAAGGAAACCACCACAGUGAUAACAGAUGCUCUGAACUGUACUGCUGUCACUUUGCUUUGUAAAAGAGGGAUGAUCACUGGUCAGAUCAGAGAGAGUGAACAGGCUCAGACAAAGCCUGACUCCAGCUGCCUGACUGUGUUCAGUCAAGGAGAGGGAGGACAAUCAGGCCAAUUCAGAUGUGAGAGCACGAUGUGA